CUCUACCUUAUUUUUGUCGUUGAAUUUUAUAAUAUUUCAUGAAGUUUUCUUUCUUCCAGGUAUGCGUUCAUCAAAGCCGUACCCCAGUGCUCUGCCGAACUGGAGAAGAAAAAGAAGAGGUCGCCACCCUAGUAGCCGUUUUAAUCAGGAAGUUGCAACCAACGACAUGGAACACCAUAUCAAGGAACUGUUAAAGCCGUUCAAAAAGCGAGAGUGUGGUCAGCCAACAAUCCAUGAAUAUGGGCGAAAAUCGGGAAGAUCUCACCACGGAUCCGUGUCUUUCAACGGGAAUUAUUCUAUAAACUGCCACCAAUUGAAUCACUCGAUGAGUGGGGAAGAAUAUGGAAAAGUAUGCAAUCAGUUGAUGACUUUAGUCCAAGCAAACAACGUCUUCAGCACAUUGAGUCUCUCUCCAAUUGCUCCCAUCUUAUCUGCAGACUUCCGCCGCAACUUGCAUACACGCAAUAACUGGAAACAACGGAGCUUCUCAUUUUUUACUGAUCAGUACGACGUUCAGCAUUCAAAUACUGGAAGCCAUCAGAAUGGACAGCAUCGCCGAAGCUUCUCUGAUUCUUCGAACAAUCAUGGUCGCUCUGGGAAUGUGUCGCUCAGUUGGAGACCCGUUCCUGCUGGGUUUUCUUGGCCAACAAGUUGUCAAUCAAGUCUCGGUCAACAACGUGAUGUCAUGAAGUCGGGGAAUUCAAACCAGAGCUUUAAGGGAUUUCCGACUCAUGAAACGUCAUCUGAGAAGCAGCAACAAGAUCUGUCAAGAACCGACAAUGGGAAUUCACGUGGAAGCAGUGCUGUCCAGGAUCGUACUUUCUCGAACAAAAAUGACGAUGAACUAUCUGACGACGUGUUCCUAGACAAUUCCAUGAAUGCUGCAAACGGGCCAAGAGCUCCACUCGUUCAAGCCAUUUCCCGUAAUUUGAUAACCAAUGUAUUCAGCAAGGACGGCACUGAACUCUCCGUGGAACAGUUAUUGGAAAUUGUCAGCAUGAAGUUGGCUCAAUAUGAACACUCGACUUCCAGUUCUCAUGGACAAUGCAGCGACCUAAACCGGACAUUACCAGCUGAAAGUGAUUUGGAUUGUUCAAUCAGUGAUUUCUUCGACUCCAGUUUUGUAGAUGUAAACAAUAAAACACGUCCAGAAGCCUUGAUCGGAGAAAGAUGCCUGACAUCAUCCGACAAGUCUUCAAAACUCAAUGAGUCACUUGACGUGGUUCCAAAGCUUGCUGCGCUGGAUAGCUUUCAUAGUACCGGAACUCCAGUGUUCACGGAUUGUAAUGAUUGCCCAACACCGAAGAGAAGUGGAUUCAAUUGUGAAGUUUGGACAGCUGAAGUGAAUAAUAAAGUUUGGAGAUGGCUCUCGCUCUUCAAAACCACCAGUGAUCCGGCUCCACUUCAUCGCACACCAGCCAAUCCGACCGAAGAUUGCUCGCAAGAUCCAGAUUCAACUUCGCCACCACCACGCAUUUCUGAAAGCUUGACAGCAUUCCUGGUAGCUCAGCAAGAUUUCAAUGACUACAUUAAUACGAACUACAAAGAUAAGGCUCACAUCUUGAAAGUGAAUCUGAAUAUUCACGAAAUGUCGCCUGUCAAAUGGCUGUACUUGAAUUACUUCUGCAUCGAGACAAAUCCAAGAUUGAAUGGCCCUUAUGUCAUAGAUCCAAGGGUUCCACUUGUGCGAAAUAUGUUCAGAAGAUGGUUCCACCGCAAUGCUGAAUCCUGCUUCAAAAAUCCUGGCAAGCUUGCGAUUCUGCAAGGGACGGCUAGCAAAUUUGUGCAAUAUCAGCUACGCAUUUCUCAAAACGGAGCGAAUUCUUCCACGAACUCUACCAUCAUGUUUUACACAUUGUGGGAGGAAUGUAUAGGACAGAAAAAUAUCAUUUCUAUAAUCGACGCGUGCCUGCUUGCACACCUUCACACUACAGAUAUGGUCUUGUACAAGAAUGCAAAACGUGGUUGGCUCAAGUCGAUUCUCUCCCCACUUAGCUAAUAACAAUUGCCCCAAUUAUUCAUUUCUCAUUUAUUAUUUUUUUUCCUUUUUCCUUUUUAAUUUAUUUCCUUUUUUUAAUUGCCUCCCGGACCACCCACUCUUUUCAUUUUCCAACUCUGGUAAAUUGCUUCCCGGACCACCCACUUUUCUCAUUUUCCAACUGGUAAAUUGCUUCCCGGAUCACGCACUUUUCUUAUUUCCUAACUAUGGUCAAUUGCCUCCCGGAACACCCACUUUUCUUAUUUCCCAACUCUGGUAAAUUGCCUCCCGGACAACCCACUCUUCUUAUUUCCCAACUAUGGUAAAUUGCCUCCCGGACCACCCACUCUUCUUAUUUUCCAACUAUGGUAAAUUUUUGUAAUGACUCCCCAUUGAAUUUAAAUGAAAAUAAUUUGUAAUAAAAAACGGCGAAUGACUUGUUGAUAUUAA